AUGCCUGCCUUUCAAACCGGACAGCGAGUGACCUACAAGCCCGUGGGUGGACGAGAAUCUCACACCAGUGAGAGUGUUGGAGUCAUACGUGACGUGAGCACUCAUAACACAACCAUGACCGGCCGCAUGGUUGAGGCCUCGCAGGAAGAGCCACGCUAUGAGAUUGAGAACGAGCAUACUCGGAAGAGAUCCGCUGUGAAGGAGUCGAACAUACUGGGCCCGGCUGAGUAG